AUGACUGUCGUGAACAGCGGCCACAUGCCGCUAGACGAGGUGUCUUCUCAGGACGCUCUGGAUGCAGUGAACUAUGACCCCAUCGAGCAUCUGAAUGCCAUAUUCUCGCAUCCUUCUACCCUCUCCUCCGUAUCUCAAGUCACCUGCGCCCUCCACUCCUACGAGGAUGAACUAGACAACGAGAUCAGCGCCUUGGUUGAGGAACAAGUGACAUCCAACGUGGACAGUGUGGAAAGGAUACAGACAGCUAAAGCUGAUUUGUCCGAGCUGUUCAAGAAAAUCGACGACGUUCGCGAGCGGGCAUUGAAGACCGAACAGGCUAUCACCGACAUGACCGCCGAUAUUAAACAACUGGACAACGCGAAAAAGAACCUGACCUUGUCCAUGACGGCGUUGAAGCGGCUACAGAUGCUCACAACUGCUUAUGACCAGCUUCACGCGCUGAGCCGAACUCGGCAAUACCGUGAUUGCGCACAGCUACUUCAAGCUGUCAUCCAACUCAUGGCCCAUUUCAAGUCGUACCGGUCGAUUGAUCAAAUCGCAAUGCUGAGCAAGAAUGUGGCAGACAUUCAACGAGAUUUGUUGGAACAGGUCUGCGAGGAUUUCGAAAUCGCCUUCGCCAAGGGCGAGAUCUCCCAGAAGCGCGGCAUCCUCUCCGAGGCAUGUCUUGUUGUGGACGCGCUGGGAGAGCACGCUCGAUCUCGGCUUGUGACCUGGUAUUGCAACACACAGCUUCGCGAAUAUCGACAGGUCUUCCGUAACAGUGAGGAGGCUGGAUCACUGGACAAUAUCUCGCGCAGAUAUUCCUGGUUUCGGCGGAUACUCAAGAUCUAUGACGAGGAGAACGCGGCCAUCUUCCCACCUGCGUGGCGGGUCAAUGAAAUCCUGGCCAAUGUCUUUUGCGAAGGCACCAGGGACGAUUUCAAGGGAAUUCUUUCCCGGUCGGUGCGCAGCGGUCAGACGAUCGACGUCAAUCUCUUGCUUGCCUGUCUGCAGGAGACCCUCGACUUUGAGCAUUCCCUCGAGAAACGCUUCGCUCCAUCGCGCCCAUCGACGGAUACGUUCACCUCCACCACGAACGAGACUCGUGUUUUCAGUCAGUCCAUUUCCGAGGCUUUCGAGCCAUAUCUCAGUGUCUGGGUAGAUGCACAGGACAAACAGCUCGCUGCGCUAAUACCGAAAUAUCGGCAACAGCCGUUGCGCCCUCCCGACGAGGAAUUCAACUCCCAUAUUGUCAUCGGCUCUUCUACUGAGCUUUUCACAUUCUAUCGUCAUUCUUUACAGCAAUGUGCCAAGCUCUCCACGGGUAGCAGCUUGGCUGAGCUGGCGAAAGUUUUCGCUAAGUACUUGGACAUGUACGCCCAGCAGGUUCUAUUGAACUAUAUCAGCGAAAGACUUACCGGUCACACCCCCUCCAAAGUGCCGAGCCUUGAGGACUUGAUCUCCGUGCUCAACACUGCGGACUACUGCUACACUACCUGUACUCAAUUGGAAGACAAGAUCAAGGAUCGAUUGGAUGAAUCUCUGAAGCAGUCGGUUGAUCUUCAAAGCCAAGCCGAUUCUUUCAUGGGGAUUGCAUCCGCGGCGGUGCGAGGCCUUGUCCGACAAGUCGAAGUCGACAUAGAACCCAGCUGGCGAGAGAUGCGCAAUACUCCAUGGGGUAAGCUUGAAGCAGUAAGUGAUCAGAGCUCGUACGUGAGCGAGCUCCUAUCACGUACCAAAGCCAAAAGCUCGGAGAUUCUAGAACUCUUACACAAGCAACAAUAUGCCCGAGCGUUCUCCGAUCAUCUGGUCGAAAUGAUGUCGAGCAUGUUCAUCAACAAUAUUUUCCAAUCCAGGCCCGUAUCUGAAACAGGUGCCGAACAGAUGCUUCUUGAUUCGUAUACGCUCAAAAGUGGCCUCACCUCAUUGCUGCCCGCUCCCGCUCCUGCUGGCUUUGUGAAGCGUGUGAACAGCAGCUUCUUCAAGAUCGAGACCUUACUCAAAACCCUUCAAGUCCGCCCAUCGCCACCCGAAGCCCUGGUCCAGGCAUAUCUCAUCCACAUCGCGGAUAGAAACAACAACAACUUCCGCAAAAUUCUUGACCUAAAGGGCAUUCGUAGCAGGCAGGACCAAAACCAUCUCGUGGAGCUAUUCCAGGUUCACCGAGCAUCUGACCGCUAUGCCUCCACUCUCCAGCAGAGCAACCCCAUUCUCACUGCGCUGCAAGCUCCCGCCGCGAGUACCACAGUAUCGGUUUCGCACGGGCUGAGCUUGGGCGGCGCCGGAUCGAUGCCGUCUCGAUUCGAUGCCUCUAUGCUCGGCUCUGCAAUCAUGUCCGCAGCUAAGGACGGCGUCGACCGCUUCGGGAAUCCCAGUCUUGGCUCUCUUGGGUCAUCGGGUCCAGCCGGAGCCACAGGCUCGUCGUCAUCUACCUCCGGGUUCGGAGCCAUGUCGGGCACGGCAUCCCCUGCACCAGGUGCAUCUGCCCAGCAUACUGGAUCCUUGAACCCGUUGGAGAUCACCGCUGCGGGCAAUUUGAAUGAGAAUUUGAAAAAUAUUGGGAAAUUUUUCCGCCGGGAUCUGGGUGGAUUCGGUGGGCGAUUUGGACGUGGGACCGAGGAUCCCUAG